UGCGGGUGGGGCCUGAGGUCGAAGGGUUUUGUUGUCUCUCUAUUCUCUCCCUCUCUAACGAUCUGUAAUAACAUACUAAUCCUCGGCAAGAUGUUGCGUCCCCAGAAAGUGACGGCCCGCGAGGCACGCGAUGCGGCUCAAGCGCAUCGAAGAAACCAGACGCCAGAGUCACGAACCGUCACUUGGAGAGCCAUCGAACCCUGGCAGAGGGACAACGACUAUAUACUCGCCGGGUACCGCAGAGCCCAGCGCAGCUUCCGCGGCUGUCUGGCAUCCGUCUUUGGCUACCUUCACAACGAGACAGUGAACAUACACAGCCAUCUCUGGGGCGCGCUGCUCUUUGCGUACCUCCUGUGCACGUACCCGCGCACGUACCUCGCGGCGCACGCAACAACAACGUGGGCGGAUUACGUCGUCGCUGCGAUAUUCCUCUCGUCGGCCGUGUUCUGCCUGGCGAGCAGCGCGGGCAUGCACACGUUCUCGUGCCACUCGGAGCCGGUGUGCGCGCGCUGCCACGCGCUGGACUAUACGGGCAUUGUCGUGCUAAUUGUGGGAUCGUUCUUCCCGUGCGUGUAUUACGGGUUCUACUGUGACCCGUUCUGGAGAGCGCUGUAUCUGACUGUCAUUUUGGUCUCUGGGCUCGGGGCGGCGUACAUAGUCCUUAACCCGGAGUAUGCUCGGCCGAGCCACCGUGGAGCGCGGACGAAGGUGUUUAUUGCGCUGGGACUGUCCGCGGUGCUGCCGGUCACGCACGCGCUCGCGUCGCAUGGCUUUGCAAAGCUGCUGCGCGAAAUGGGAUUCGGGUGGCUCGUGCUCUCCGGCGCGCUGUACAUCGCGGGGGCCCUAUUAUACGCGAACCGGAUCCCAGAACGCUUCGAGCCGGGGCGGUUUGACUAUUUCUUUGCGUCGCACCAGAUAUUCCACGUGUGCGUGGUGCUGGCGGCGCUGGCGCAUUAUACGUGCGUGCUGACUGCGUUCGAGCAUUGGCAUUCCCGCGGCGGGCAGUGCGUUUAGAGAGGACGGAGUGACGUGUGUAUGUACUCACGGGCCAUGCGGGGAUUGUUUACUCGAGUCUAAUAUUAACUUUUAUGUUGUCCUCUGAUGUCGGGCAUUUGGGUAUGUUGGACAGGUCUGGGGCCGUAUGUUUGCUGUC